CAGCCUGGUAUCUGGACCCGGGCCUCUUGCCGCGUAAUCCGAGCGGAGCCGGAGCCGGGAGGCGGCUCUGCGGAGGCCGGCUGUGCCGAGGCUGGAGCUGUGCGGAGCCUGCGCGGAGGCUGUGCGGCGGCUGUGCGCGGGCUGUGCGGGCCUGGAACUGUCCACACUGCAGAUUUAUGCUUUCUAAUUACUACGCCCUAUCGAGAAAAACGAAACCGUUUCAGGAUUACUUAGCAAAUUAGAAGAUGUGGAUUGGAAAGGAAUAGUAGAGGUGAAAUAUGGAGUUGCUGGAACCAUAGCUUCUCGUUAAGGAUUUUUGUUUCCUUCCCUGGAAAUAUCGCUCGUAUUACCCUUCCUGUAUGUGACUAAGCUGUGUGGACCAGCCGGAGUCUGCCCCUGGAGAUAGACAGAUCCUGGUUUGCAUCCUGGCUCUGCCACUUCAAAGUUGCUUAACUGCUCUAAGCAUCAGUCAACUGAACUAUGAAGUGGGAAUCAUUAUGCCUCAGCAUGGAAGGACUGACCAGAAAUACUUAAUAAAAGUAUCCAUGGAUAACACUGACGACUCAGUGGAUUCAAAGUCCAUCAAGAAUUCGGACAUAAAACCCUUCCAUGGCAGCAAAUCCAUGGACUCUGGAAUAUCUCUGGACAAUACUUACAAGAUGGAUUACCCUGAAAUGGGCUUAUGCAUCAUAAUCAAUAAUAAGAACUUCGAUAAAAGUACUGGAAUGGCAUCUCGGUCGGGUACAGAUGUUGAUGCAGCAAACCUCAGGGAAACAUUCACAAAAUUGAAAUACGAAGUCAGGAACAAAAAUGAUCUUACCCGCGAGGAAAUUGUGGAACUGAUGUGCAGCGUUUCUAAAGAAGAUCAUAGCAAAAGGAGCAGUUUUGUUUGCGUGCUUCUAAGCCAUGGUGACGAAGGAAUAAUUUUUGGAACAAAUGGACCUGUUGACCUGAGAAAAUUAACAAGUUUUUUCCGAGGGGAUUACUGUAGAAGUCUAGCUGGAAAGCCCAAACUUUUCAUUAUUCAGGCCUGCCGAGGUACAGAACUGGACUGCGGUAUUGAGACUGAUAGCAAUAUUGAUGAUGACAUGGCAUGUCAGAAAAUACCAGUGGAGGCAGACUUCUUGUAUGCGUAUUCUACAGCACCUGGUUACUACUCCUGGCGAAAUUCAAAGGAUGGAUCCUGGUUCAUCCAGUCGCUUUGUGCGAUGCUGAAGCUGUACUCGCACAAGCUGGAGCUCAUGCACAUCCUCACCCGGGUUAACCGGAAGGUAGCCACAGAAUUUGAGUCCUUCUCCUUUGACUCUACUUUUCACGCAAAGAAACAGAUUCCAUGCAUUGUGUCUAUGCUCACAAAAGAACUGUAUUUUUAUCACUAAAGAAAUGUAUGAUUUUUUCUUUUUAGUUUGUUUGCCAAGUGAGGAGAAGGGUUUAUACUGUGUCUUCCCUCAUUUAAAUCUACUCUGGUACUCCCAGGAGUACUUUCAUAGCAAUAGAGCCACUAUGACGCUACCUCAAACUCAGAAUCGGGUAGUUGAAAUUGAAUUUAAUUAGGAAUAAAUAAAUGGUAGUGGUACAAUUUUGAGAAGAACUGAUUGUAAAUUAAAAGAUCUGAUAAUUAGCAAGUUUUAGUGGUGCUAUGCUCUGAAUUUUCAAGUAAUUAUGGAGUUAAACAUUGAGUAACGAAUUUCAUUGAUACUGAUAUGCUCUCAUGUAAGCGUAUUCUCGUUUUCGUCAAACUAUAGAAAUGAUGAUAGAAUAAUGUGUGGUGAUGGAAUAAUGUAUCCUAGGAUUUAGGGGCCAUGUGCAUGGCCAAGGAAUGAGGAUCUUGAUUUUAGAAUAGGUGUCUUUGGAUGAAUUAGCUGUGUUUUUAGGCCAUUUAUCUGAGCAUAUGGUAAUGUUUAUGCUCAACAUGUAUUUUGUUGUAAAAAUCAUGUUUAAUAUUGAAAAAGAACCUAAAUAUUUUACUUGAAAGUGUGGACAAUCUAAGUUGACACUUUUAAGGCUGAAUGCAUCCUUACUAGCAGGAGAGAGAGUUAGAACUCUCGGGUGCUGUACAGCAGCUCAUCCGCCAGCAGGUUCUCCCGGUUUGUCCCUGAGCAAGCUGAAGAGCUGCUAGUAAAAACCUCCCAAGCAGACCAGCUGAUAGCAUCGUGAAUUGAAGACAUUCCAUGGGGACACACUAACAUACAGCUGAUCCGAUACACCGUGAAAUGUGAGCAGGACAUAGUAAAUCAGUGCGGGGCACUCAGUCAGUCCAGGAUGGUUUGGGCCUGAGCACAGACAGCGCAGCCGUGUAAUGAAGGCAGGACCGCAGGCUCCGGCUCCAGGAAGAGGACUGUGUGCCUGGAGACUGUCCCAGAGGAGGGCUCUCCAAGACACUGAACCAAAUCAGAAACUGAAAUGGAAGCUUUCCAAAGAAGAUGAGAGUCACAACAAAGACCGGAGCGCCCUCUGCAGUAAAAUAUCUGAGCAUGUUCUCUUCUGCUGAAGUCUGCAAUCAAAGGAAACGAUGCUGUUAUGAUUGCUUGCUGCUCUCGGAAAUGAAAGGGCCAUAGUACACAGGACUGAGAAGGCAUCCAGUCUUCCCGCUUUGGUGCGUGGUGCCCAGGGAAACAAGGCGAGGGAAGCAGCGCAACCAUCCCCUCCCUCCCCCGCCACCUCCCAGGAGGCCUGGUUCUCAUUCUCAAGCUUCCUUUUGCUCAAAGAAAGCAACUCGCAUUUGUAAAUGACAGUUUGGGGUUUUUUUACUAUGUCUGUAACUUUUUCUAAGUAAACACAGCAGGUAACGGUAUCUUAAUGUGUGUUCUAUGUGAUGAUUUUGUAAAGAGUUGCUAAUGAAUUUUUAUUUCAAAAUAUAAAUUCUAAUAAAAUUA